AUGAUUUUGGCCAUACUCGCCUUCCUAAGUUUGGGUGUCCGAGUCUCAGGAACGUGCAAUCGCACGGUGCUUCAGAACGCUGUCACCACCUACCUUGCAGCACAAGCUGUUGGACAACCAGGUCUGCUACCUCGAACCACGAAUGCCACAUACGCAGAGAAUGAAGUUGUAACCGACAUCACGAGAGGCAUCCUCGGUCAAGCGAUCAUCAUUGACCUUAGCCGCAGCCUUCUCGACACAACGGAGUGCUCAACCUUCACCGAGAUCUCAGCUGCCACAAGCAGUCAUCCCUACGUGAUUGAUACGCGAAUGCUCGUGAGCGGCGACAAGAUAACUGCGAUUCAAUCCGUCAUAGCAGACGCCGGCGACUGGGUCUUCAAUGCGACAGGACAUCUCUACUGGUCUAAGAAAGAGUCCUGGAACCUUAUUCCAGAAGCAAAGCGUGAUAGUCGCACCACCAUCAGAGCUGCAGCCGACGCAUACCUUGAUAGUUGGGCAGAUGGAAAAGUCAAAGCCCCAUACGGCGCGCCAUGCGCUCGUCUCGAAGGUGGGUCGUACACGGACACCAAGAAUACCUCAACGAACACAUGCUUCAUGCCUGAGUUCCCGAAGCCUUUCGCUGGUGCUGGCAACCGUCGCUAUGUCAUCGAUGAGGAGAUGGGUGCAGUUGGGAUCUUCAAUAACUUUCCUUUCAUCGACAUGACGAGGCCGGAUGGCACGCCCAGUACCAAUAUGAUCAGAGUUGAAGGAGGGAAGAUCCGUUUGUGCGACGAAGAAUUGUGGGCGCUGAAGGAUGUUCUUGAAGACGAACGAUUUGCCAGAGUCAUGAACUUCCGUACACAAGGUCUUGCAAUUGCCACACGAGCCUGA